AUGGGAAGUCCGUACAUCCGUUGUCCCACUCCCUCCCUUGCGGAGGAAGCGCUGCACCUUGAGUGGGCCUUCGGCCUCAACAGCGACUACAAGGCUGGAAUCCACAACCUCAGCAGUGGCGGCAGCGGAGGCACUGGCCGAGGUAGAAGCCAAGAGCAGCAGCAGCGAAAGGUCUUCUACACGCUGGCGCACACCGGCAUCUUGUAUGAUGCAAUCCACAACACGCAGAAGCACCUCCUGGGGCACCGGUACUCCAUCAGCAGCAGCUGCUGCAGUCACAAUCACCGCUUCAUCGUGACAGCGGACGAGGGCGAUGUCACGGUGCGCCGGCGCAUUCAGCAGCAGGUGGUGCUCACGCAGUCAGUCAAGGGACACUCGGGCGUGGCACCGGAAGAUGUGGAGGAGGAAGAGCUUCGGGAAGAAGCUGCCAUGCUUGUCGACCCCUCCCUCGCGAAGCGUGACGACGAGGAGGACGGAUCCACCAUGAUUGUGUGGGACUCGGCGACCGCGCUGCCGUUGAAGGUGAUCGCAACAGGCAAGUAUGGCGGUGUCCUGAGCGUCUCCAUGUCGCCGGAUGGCCAAUACCUCGCCACUCUCAACCGCAGAGACCCGCAGGAGAUCAUGAUCUGGGCCUGGACGCAAACGAACUCAGCGGCGGGGGGUGCGGCGCCUGGCAGUGUCGACCUUCUCGCAGAUGUUGGCGUGGCCCCCGUCUUUGUGCGCCGCAUCGCUGCGCGUGAUGAGCAGACGUUCAUUUCCUUCUCGCAGGACCACCCAGAGCUGCUGUGUACGAACGGGCUGCGCCGAGUCAUCUUCUGGUCUUGGAGGGAGGGGGUACUCAAGUACUACUCGCCGCCUAUCCUUCAGCGCCGCCUCAGGGCCUCGGUCGGAAACUUCACGCAAACGGUGUACCUGCCUGGCACGAUGAUGGCGUGCAGUGGCACCGUCGACGGCGAUGUCGUCCUCUGGUCCUUGCAGCCGCAGGACCGCGUCAUCAAGGAGCAGGACAAGUCGCUACUGAAGAUGGUGCGGGUCCACAACGGCGGCGUGACCUUCAUCACAACAGUGCAAGGGUACAUCGUCACUGGCGGGAUGGAUGGCAUCGUCAAGUUCCUAGAUGCAAAGUUGCGGCUGGUAGCGUGGUUUGACGACCUCAACGGCGGCCCCAUCGUCUCCAUCAGCUUCGACUGUGUGCCGUCGGUGGUAACGGUAGAGGAAGCGCGGACGUUGGCGCAGGAGCAGGUCGAUGGUCACCUCCUCACUGAGGGCACCGCCGCGGCAAACCUGUUUACCGCGCCAGAUUUCAUGGUGUCGACGGCGCACAGCAUGAUCAUCGAUGUGUCGGCGAAGGCAUUCCACACUCCCGGCGGCGCCGCACACGCUGGCUCCAAGCCAGCGACUCGCGGACGGCUCAUUGUGCAGGGUCAAGACCGUGCUGUCCAGUGCCUCGCGGCGCACCCGCACCUGCCGCGGCUGGCGAUCGGUGGGUACAGUGGCAAUCUGCAUCUCUGGGACUACUGCGAGAAGCGAGUGGUGCUGCUGAGCCUCUUCCGCAACCUACUGAUCCGCUGCAUGACCUUCGACCCGUUGGGCAAGUGGCUCGUCGUCGGCUUCACUAACGGGGUCAUAAAAGUGCUGGACGCAGAGACACUCGAGGAGGAGCAGACAAUUCGACCCAUAACCAACACCACCGCAGUCGGCACGGCAACUGGCGGCGACGCAGCAGCAACCGGAGCAGCAGUAGAUACGACUCCGUCCUCCUCUCAGGGCAAGGGCAAGCAGAGUAUCGCCGCAGAACAGCAGCAGUCAACAGUGCGCAAGGCAGCCGCCAGCGUAGAAGAGAUCUGCUUCUCCCCUGACAGCCUCCUCAUGGCCACCGCCAACAAUGACGGCUCCGUCGGCUUGUACGAGUAUGUGAACACGCAUGCGACUACCAAGAAGGCGGAGUGGCAGCUGGUGGGCCACCACAAGACACACAACGCACCCAUCUGCGGCCUCCACUUUGGUGCCCACACGACUGGCUUAGAGGGAGCGCUGCGACUCCUCUCCGUCGGCGGCGACAAGCGGCUCAUUGAGUACGAGCUCGUCGACUCCAGCCCCGAAACAGGGCUUCUCUUACGUACAGCACACAAGAUAUCGCAGGAGUCGACGCCGACGGGCUUCGCCUGGCUGCCAGGCGGGUGCUCGCUGCUGGACACAGCAAGCCAGCCGCGCGGCUUCUUUGAGAGCUACGACGACGGCGAUGACGACGGGGCAGAGGACGGUAGCGUGACACACGAACGGGGGGGCAGAGACAAGCCUGACAGAGCAGAAGCCGAAGCAGGAGGCGGUGGUAGCGGCAAGGAUAUGCUGGACAUGCUGCUGAUCGCCACCCGCGAGUAUAAGUUUCAGGUGUACCUCAGCAACUGGAGCCGGCAGUGCGUCAAGACAGUCUUGGCGCCAACGUUUGGCGGCCCGGUGACGCGGAUGGCUGUUGUGCCGGUAGCGAAGCAGUCCGCCGUCCCUGCCUCGUCAUUCUCCUCGUCCCCGCCGCCGUCUCACUGCCUGGUGUACGCAACCAAGGAGAAGGUGAUUGGGCUCACCCAGCUCCCCCUCCGCGGAGACCCGUGCGGCUCUAUCGGCAUCCUCGCCCACCCUGGCAGCAUCACCAGCAUGGUCACCUCACACGACGGUGCCGUCGUCUUUACGGCGGGCGGGCCGGACCAGGCUGUCAUGCAGUGGCGCGUGCGCGGCGACUGCAUCAUGUCACCAUCGGAGUGGACGACUGUCGUGCAGUGCCGGGAGAAGGGUGGUGUGCCACUGCCCCAUCUCGUCGGCGCGGUUGAGGGUGGUGCUGAGGGUGAGCUGAUGAAUGAGGUGGUAGACUACUUCUACUAUGCCCAGAUCCGCGCGCAGGGCGAGGAAACGACAGCGAAGCGCGUGCUGCUUGGGGCGAUUCCGUUUUCCCAGAUGCCGAACCUCCUGCGCUCGCUCUGCUACUACCCGUCCGAGCAGGAGAUCGGGCACCUGACCUACGAGGUGGCGAACAUGUACGGCCCACGAGACGAACCGCUCGCCGAGGUGGACGUGGACGCCAUUCUGCUUGACUUCUCGCAGUUCAUGCGGUUCUAUAUCAAUUACCGCCCUGUGUUCGGCAUCACAAGGCAAGAUAUCGAGGCAGCCUUCCGCGCACUCGGCGCGGAUAGCGUGACGGGGGAAAUCAACCGCGACCGCCUCUUUCAUCUUCUUGCCACCGAGGGGGAGCCACUCAAGCCAAACGAAGUCGCCGCGGCUCUGACGUCGCUGCUCGGCGACGGUAUCCGACUCGAAAUGCUCGAGGAUGCCAUUACAGCACGCGCCUUUGCGGAGAACCUGCUGGGCUUCGAGGAUUAUGACAAUGAGCUUGGACCAGACAGCAAUGGGCAGCGCGGCAACGGCGUGGACGGCGAAGAUGACUACGAUAGCGGCAGCGACAUCUGUGCCGCUGGUGACGAGGUGGACAUCAAAGCAUCCGCAUAG